AGCAUAGAGAGUUUUGGACUUUGGAGAUCAUCAGCUGAUUCAAGGAGCCUUAUGAGCUUAUGACAGUAAUUUGUUUUGUUUUUGAAUCCUAGAGGAGAGACAGCACAAUAAUGGAAGAUAAUAAGAAUUCCAGUCCCUUAGAUCUCAAUGGUCCAAAUUUUAAUGCUAAUAUGUAUUUGGAUAAAUUAUUCAAGGAAUGUAACUUGAAACAAAUAAUGGAUCACGAAAAUGAGAUAAUCAAGGAUACUCAAACAUUGCAUUCUGACAUGCAAACUUUAGUUUAUGAAAAUUACAACAAAUUUAUUUCAGCAACAGAUACUAUAAAAAAAAUGAAAAAUGAUUUCAAAGAUAUGGAAACUGAAAUGGAUCUUCUGGCAAAAAACAUGGAUUCAAUCACAAGCUAUGCUGAAAAAAUACAUUCAACACUUCAAGGGAGUAGACAAAAAAUUAGUAAAUUAUCUGGCAUCCACACUCUUUUACAACGACUUCAAUUCUUAUUUAAAUUACCUGCAACGCUCAAGAGCAGAAUGGAAGAAAAGAAUUAUAACCAGGCUGUCCAAGACUAUAUGCAUGCACAGAGAGUUCUAAAACAAUAUGGUGAUUUACCGUCAAUACAAGGAAUCAAAUCUGAUUGUGAUGUGAUUUUAAAAGAAUUAAGAGAGGAACUUCGACAGCAGUUCUGUUAUAAAAAUACUACCACUAAAGAAAUGACAGAUUCAGUUGAUCUUCUUUUACAACUAGAUGAACCUGCGGAACAGCUUUGUGAAGAUUUCUUGAAGUGCGCAGAGCAACGAUUGGGUGAGCAACUAGUCAUGCUCAAAGAUCAGAGUGAGCAAAAAGACAUAAGCGAGUUUAUGGAUUUAGGGUGUAAUGGUUUUUUCAACGAUUUAUGUUUAGUUGUUGCUUCAUUUUAUGAUAUGUUCAUCAACAACACUAGAACAUCUGAUAAUAUAGAGAAUAGUGAAGUAUUUGAGAAUUUUGCUGCUAAAGAAUUGAGAACAUUUGUGAAAGAUAAUAUGGAUAAGUAUUUUCAGCUGGUUCAACAUAAAGUCGAUUCAGAGCAAGAUGCUAGUGAUACAAUAAUUUUAGUACAAGCCCUUGAUAAAUUCUAUAGGGGAGUUGAAGGUCAUAUGCUGUAUCCUAACGUGGAUUUUGUAUCGCCUGCCACUGAUGUGGUUGUUAAUGCAGGUAGAAAACAGUGCAAAGCCCAUUUGCAAGUGUUGAAAAUGCAUUUUAAUGAUUCUUUAACUAAAGUCAGACAAUGCUUAACUACUCCUAAGCUAGUGAAUGACGAGGAUGUAUCCAAGAAUUUAACUGAACUAUUGAACUCCGUCAUUCAAACAAUAGUGGAGAAAGUGAAAGGAGUCCUACAAGACCUUUGUGCUUUUAUACAUCCUGACAUUGCAUUUUCUCAGAAAACUGAUUUCAAGGACAGUUUUUGUGUGGAUAACGUAAGGGAAGGUUUGAUUAUUUGUUUUCUGCAUCAUCUGACAGCAACUGCCUUCUGCACAACAGUUCAUACAGAUCCAAAGUUUCCACCCACAUUGUUAUUAUUGCUCUCGAAAUUAUGUAUGGAAUUUAGAAAUGGGCAUGUCCAUCAGUUGCUAAGUCUUACUGAUGAAUUAUUUCAUAUUAAUUCAAUGCAUCUGAAACCUAACCCUGCUCUGACAAAUGAAACUGAAAUAGAGACUUCCAUGCAAGAAUCCGCUCAAGAAUUACUCAAUCAUUAUGUAAGGAUACAAGGCCUCAACGUAUCCCAGAUGCUACGAAAAAGUGUCGAAACCAGAGACUGGCUCCAUACCAUCGAACCAAGGACUGUUAGAGCUGUUAUGAAAAGAGUGGUUGAAGAUAUAGCGGCUAUUGAAACUACUAUAGCUUUAUUCUAUGAAGAUCAAGGAACAAGCACAGAACACAGUAGUGAUUCCAGUAGGAAACAACAAAGCCUUUCUAUCAGUAGACAUCAGUCUCGUUCAAAUUGGUCAAACUAUACUCCAAGCCAUUUGGAUUCCACCCUUGUUUCUAAUAUGCACAGAAUCUUCAGUGAAAAGAUCGAAAUAUUUUCUACAGUAGAAUUCAACAAAAUUUCGAUUCUAACUGGUAUAAUAAAAAUAAGUUUGAAGACUUUCAUGGAAUGUGUGCGGUUGAAAACUUUCAGUAAAUAUGGAUUGCAACAAAUUCAAGUGGACACACACUAUUUGCAAUUGUAUUUGUGGAGAUUUGUUGCCGAUGAAAAUGUUUUGCAUUUCUUACUUGAUGAAAUUCUGGGGUCUGCUGUUCAUCGUUGCUUGCAACCAGUACUGAUGGAACCUAGUGUCGUUGAUAUAAUCUGUGAAAGAGGUUGAAAUUUCUCACCUAAAGAAAAGUUUUAUCGAAAUAAUUGUUCAGAGGAAGUUGACAUUCUCUAAUAUCUUAAUUAUUUAUAUGGAAUAUUUUAGUAAUUCUAUUAUUGAUCAAUCUCAAAUAAUUAUUUUUAUCUGCAAU